UGCAUUUCAUUCAGAUUUAAUUUCACCGUAGAGAUGUCAACAAUUAAAAUUUGUAAAUUCAUAAUAUUUUUCGUAGUCAGUGCAUCAGUUGCAAAGACGUUAGCCCAAUAUACGAUUGGUGUUAGUGAUAAUACUCGAUUUGAUAUCUGUGAAAUACCAUUCUCGUCCAAAGUUCUUAUAGGUUAUCAGUGGCCUCUAGUUUUUAACAUUAAUGGAUCAUUAUACGAUUCAACUCCUGUUGAUGGUGUUAAUUUGGUUGCCGUUUCUCAUGGCAAAGAAGUUAUUUUAUCAUGUUCUCCGAACUUCAUACUUUCAAGUGAAAAACUGGAGCAGAUUCAUGCUAGGUGUGGUGAGGAUGGGCACUUUCAGUUGAAUGGCCGCAAAGGUGGAGAACAUCUAAAAAAUCUCACUUGUGACCUCCGGGUGAUUGAAGAAACUGUAACAACUGUACAUGGGUGUCCAAUCAAUUUAACUUCAACACAUUUUGGAUACGUUCAUCCAAUUAAUAGACAAACCUACGUCCUUGGAGAAUCUUGCUACGACUUAAGCGCAGGGAAAACAUAUUUUGCACAUAUCAAAAUGGGGAGUCAAACACAGUAUUUAAAAAAUGCAGACAAAACAUACCUUCUACACAAUCAUCCAAAUUCAAAAUAUAAAUUCGAAUUUUUUAAAGCACUUCGUUUUGACGAUAUAUAUGAAAGGGUGCGCAGAAUAUUGGGAAUUAAAGAAGCUCCUGGUUUUAAACUCAGCAACUUUGUAGAUGAGCCACUUUUGGUACAUAGUCAACUGAUUGCUGUCAAAAAGCUUUCGUGGAACUAUUUUCUGAUAAGAGAUAGCCUUUUAACAUUAACCCUACUUAAGGAGGACAUAAGGGAUCUUAGCAAUAACAUUGAACUUGACGUCUUCAUAGGAAGUCAUGGUGUAAACAUUUUACAAAAUUCAAACGGAGUACAGAUGGAGUUCUAUGCAGAAGUGGGUAAUGGACAGAACCGUUUCCCUAUGCCAGAAUUGAUUUGGAUUUUAGUAAAGGCUGGUGACAAAGUGGUAACUUUUGGAGUUUUCAACGAUCCCGAUGUCACAUCAGAAGAUGUUGCACGGAAGUCCAUAUGCAGGAGCGAGUGUGAGAAGAUAACAUGGUUGACAAGAAUAACAAGUUCAAGACAUCAAGGUCCCUUAAUUUGCUGUCAAUACAAUGACUUUAUUAAGGUUGUAAGAGAAGUUCCCUUGUUGAGUGGAAUAAAUAAUCUCUUUACAUCACUAUAUUAAACAUUUUUCCAUACUACUUGCAAAAACUUUGUUUUAGCUAAAUAAAAAACAAGAUUCUUGAAGUAUUUUUACUUAAA